UUCCAAUUCACCACAGCAAAGAAUUGCACGACGACUGUAGGGUAAAGUAAAAAUUCGCGUUUAAUACGGUUCCACUGUUGUUAAGGGUUUGUUCGAAAGCUCCGUGCGCUUGCUUCAAUUUUGUGCGAAACGCCAAUUAAAAUUCAACUAAAAAUGUUCGUGUCGACAGUCUCUCGCAUUGCCCCCGUUGCCAGGACCGCGCUCCUCGCCAACUCCAAGCAAUACUUGCGACCAUUGAGCAGCGCCGUCAUCAGCCAGAGCCAAACUUUGGCCGCUCAGAACACAACCCCCGUAGCAUUACUGCCACAGAUCAGGUCAUUCCAGACCUCGCCAGUCACGCGUGACAUUGAUUCGGCUGCCAAAUUCAUUGGUGCUGGUGCUGCAACAGUCGGUGUCGCUGGUUCCGGUGCUGGUAUCGGAACAGUAUUCGGUUCCCUCAUCAUUGGUUAUGCCAGAAACCCAUCGUUGAAACAGCAGCUAUUCUCGUACGCCAUUUUGGGUUUCGCCCUGUCUGAGGCUAUGGGUCUGUUCUGUCUUAUGAUGGCCUUCCUGUUGCUGUUCGCCUUCUAAGCGCCGCUACUCGUCCUUCAAUUUUCCGUGCAAUUGUUUGUCGGUGUGUAUGUUGAUGUGGGCAUUUGGGGUAUUUAUCUAUCCCGAUGGCCAUCUGCAUGCUAGCGACAGUCAGGGGCAACGAGAAAGCAAAGUAAAGAAGAAACAACAACUUCAACAAAUAAGCAACCAACACCAACAACGUUUUUCGAUUAUUAUUGAUAAAUGAUUGAUAGGCAACAACAUCCUGUACUAUCUAAUUAUAAAAUAACAACAACAACAACAUAAUAUAUGUAAUUUUGUUUUUAAAAAACAUUCGAAACUGUAGYAAUCGCCUAAAUCAAUCGCAGAACAAGAUCAUCGCGCAGAUUCAACACAUCUUCUAUUUAAGUUUAAGCCAAAAUAGGAAGAAAAAACCACAAACUGCUAAUAAAAAAGAAUACAUUGGAAUAAACUCGGCAGAAGUGCAUCGAGAUAAACAUAACGAAGACACACGAUAUAAAAGUUGAGAUUGAAAUUGUAAACAUUAAAAUUAAAUUUUAAUCCAUGCAAGCUUCAAAUUCACACCGCAUCAGCAGACCCCACACGCAGGUGACUACACAGAAAUCGACAUGCUGCGCCCUCUCCAUCAUUCUGUGAGUUGGUUGUCCGUGUUCCUCGGCUCUCUCUCCCCCCAAAGGCCUUGACAACAGCAUCAGACUGUCGCGGCGGCAGGGGCAGCACGUGCUACCAACUCUCGUAGCCAAUCGAGACCGGCUGUUGGCGAGGGCGUGAAAUGUUUGCUUUUGUGUCGUCUUCUACACUUUUUGAAUUAUGUGGCGCGUACUGAUAACGUUUCUUUAAGUUUAUUGUAUUUAAAACAUGUUUUUCUAUUUGUUAAAUUAUUUCUUGAAUGCCACUUAAUCAUUGUCACAUAAUCGAAUAAAGUGGGGUUUGUUUUAUUGGCUA